AUGUUAAGCCUUAUUGCACCCAAAAGUGGAAAUUUUGGGGCCAAAUAUUUCUGCUUGAAUUUUGUGCCUGUAAACUCCUUCUACUUUCUGUCUGUUAUUACUAUAGCAUCUCCUCUCUUGUUUCUGAAUGAGGAUUACCAUUUUAGCAGACCCCAAGCACCCGAGAUGGCAACUACAUUCACGGCACCAAUUCUGUGCAACUUGAGAGCGAACCCACGCCUGAACCACAGCACCAGACAACAACCGGCGGACUUGCACCUGAGCUCGGCGAGAAUGGCGCCCACGCUGACAGGCUCAAGAGCACGGAGCGACUUGCGCGCGGCGGCGGUGUACAAGGUGAAGCUGAUCGGGCCGGAGGGGAAGGAGAGCGUGAUCGAGGUGGCGGAGGACAGCUACAUCCUGGACGCGGCGGAGGAGGCCGGCGUGGAGCUGCCCUACUCGUGCCGCGCCGGCGCGUGCUCCACCUGCGCCGGCAAGGUCCUGGAGGGCGGCGUGGACCAGUCGGACCAGUCCUUCCUGGACGACGCGCAGGUCGGCGCCGGCUACGCGCUCACCUGCGUCGCCUACCCCACCUCCGACCUCAUCAUCCAGACGCACAAGGAGUCCGACCUCUACUAG